AUGUACGAAUCAGUAGAGCCACCUCCGCUCGCAAUUGAGAUCCUCACCGACCCAAAAGAAAAGAAGGACGCCCUCAAACUCAUCGUCGACAGCGUCGCACAACAGCGCCAAACAGCCUCGCGCGCACUCAUCUUCCACCCCAUCUCCCUCUCCAUCUUCUCAGCGUGUCUUGCAAUUGUGCAUUAUGGAGCAAACAUUGGCAACGACAUAAGUAUCAUGCUCAUCAUAUACCCCGGCAUCAUUCUCACGUACCUGGUCGCAAUUCGCUAUUUCACCAGCGCAUACAUCCGCGUCGCUGAAGAAACCGACUGGCUGGACUGGAUUAAGGAGGAUACCAUCAUCGGAGCUCGUUUCGGGGACGAGAUUAUUGGGGCUGUUAUUCUUCGACUUGACCGCGCCGAAAAGAAGGCGAUUAUCCGUGGAUGGACGACUAGGGCGCGGUAUCGUGGUCGCGGUCUUGGAGGUGACGUGCUGAACGAGAGCGUCAAGAUUGCAAAGGGGUUACUGGGCAAGGAUUGCACCGUUGAGUUUGCACCCGAUCACGCAAACAGCCAUAUGCCUUUAUACAGCAUCUUCAACGGGCCAUUUCUGGCGAGGGAAGCGAAAGCGAGGAAGGUGUUGGGUGCUGCGUUGAAGGAUUCCGGCAAGGGCAGGGAUGGUUCUCGGUAGGCGAUACGACAAUAGACAUGUUCUCAAGUAAUGAGAGCGUCGACAGGCAAAGGUUCUUGGCACAGAAGGUCCGACCGUGAUAUUGGUGACAUAUGCGAAGAGCCUGUACUUGGCGUCAAUUGACGAGCGCUCUCCAGCCCGCUCAACGACAUACGUGUUUGACUCACAAACCUCAACCAUAUCACGUCGAGCAGCCACGGCUAGAGCAUCCCGCCACCUCGAGUCCCAAUUGAAACGCCACAGCCGCUUCGCAUAUCGUGCUCCAGAGGACCGAGGGAAGCGGCUGUCCCGCCGAAUGCAAUCUUCAAUGUCUCGGGCAGUUUGUCACACGAGUAUGCAGAAAGCCACAUCCUUCUCUGCGAAGCAUAACGGGCUAUGAUAUGGAAUGUCGAUUACAGCUUGACCUCAAUAAGGGCAGUAUGCACAGCCUGGAUGGUGUUGGGCUUAUUCUUAUUUGAUCUAGAAUGCGGUCCAAAGGGAGGCUCCGAUGAGACAUGGCCCGGAUAUCUGAGCGAAGGAUGCCUAUUACACUCCCAUUGUGUUUCACGAUGUAUCGAUAGACUCAGUCAACAAAUAUUUAGUGUGGAUAGGCCGUGUCUGUC